AUGACGAAUACGGACGUUUCCGACAUCGCUGCCUUGGUGACGCAGUCGCAUUGCUCUUCGGCUUUGGCUGCGAAGGACAAGGCCAACCAUACCACGCUGUCCAUCAGCACGCUCGUGGUGGGCGCCCCGGACGAGCACGCACUCAAUGAGCUGAAGCACUGUCUCCCACAGGCCUUCCAUGCCCUCUGGGAGACGGCUCGCGCCAAUGCAGUCUUUCUUGGUGGAGGGUUGUCUGAGCUCCACCUGGCCUCGCGGCUCCGCGAGAGUGCCAGGACGAGCAAUGUCAGCGGCACGGUGGCCUCUGUGAUGUGUGCAGUUGCAGACUGCUUGACCGCCGUGGCAGCAUCCCUGGCCCCGGAGGCAACGCCCGCAUCCCCGGCCACGAGCUUUGCCGGGGCGGCUGCAGUCGAUGCCGCUACGUCAGUUCUGGAGGAGUUGCGCCGCGAUUCUUCCCGGCUACCCCCUGGCAUCGUCUUUGACGCAGAGGCCCCGAAGUCGGCAGCCAUCCGGGGCGCCCUGGAUUUGGCAGGAAUCCUCUUGCGCAUUGGUGGCGUCCAGGAUUUUCGGUCGCAAACCCUGGGCUGA